GUUAGUUGUUUCAUUUGGAUCUUGCAAACUGUAAGAAGGGAAUAUUCUCUCUCCUCUCUCUCUGUCAUCUGGUAUAUCUCUCAUCCGAAGAUAAAGGGAGAGAGAAGAAAAGAGAGGCGACUCAAAGGAGGAGGAAGACACGAAGAACAAGGAAGAGUAGCUCCUCCAGGAAGAAGGGUAUAGGACCAUAUUCCCUUCCCCUUCUUCUCCUUUGCCUUUUUCCUUCUCUUUCGGAUAUUGCAGAUUGCAGCUGGAUGGAAGGGAAGGAGGGCAAGCGCAAUGUCAUGGCGGAACAUACGGAAUCAAAGGUUGUUGGGUUGAGAUUUUGGGAAGCGGCUGCGGCUUCAACCGUGGUAUUGGGUUUUGUGUUAGGUCUUCUCUCUGUUUACCUGACCAUUCCUGAUUCCGAUUAUAGCUUCCUCAAGCUCCCUCGUAGCCUCGAAGAUCUUCAAGUCCUACGAGGCCACCUUGAGAACUACACAAGUGACUACACUGCACAGGUCUUGGUAGGUUACUGUGUGGUAUAUAUUUUCAUGCAGACCUUCAUGAUUCCGGGGACUGUGUUCAUGUCGUUGCUUGCUGGAGCACUCUUCGGUGUAUUCAGAGGUGUUGCUUUAGUUGUGUUCAAUGCCACAGCUGGAGCUUCAUCUUGCUAUUUCCUGUCAAAACUGAUUGGGCGACCCCUCGUUUUCUCUCUUUGGCCAGACAAGCUAAAGUUCUUUCAGGACCAGGUUGCUAAAAGGAGAAAGCGUUUGUUGAACUACAUGCUUUUUCUGAGACUGACUCCAACCUUGCCUAACACAUUUAUCAAUGUUGCCUCACCAAUAGUGGAUGUGCCAUAUCACAUUUUCUUUCUGGCCACUGUUAUUGGACUCAUACCUGCUGCUUAUGUGACUGUCAAGGCUGGGCUAGCUCUUGGAGAGUUGCAAUCGUUGAGAGAUCUAUAUGAUUUCAACUCAAUUGCUACAUUAUUUCUCAUAGGAGUUGUUUCAGUUACACCUACACUAAUUACCAAGUCGUAGUGUUUCUGAAGCUUCUUGGGCAUGAGGCUCUUGUUUUCCUGACAGCCAAUGGUUCUCUAAUUCAGGACUGUACAGAUUUACCCGAAACGAUCACAAUGUGGCUCCCUGCUUAUGGAUUAUGUUGCCAAAUGCUGCAGUAAUUCAAGAUGAUCAUGGAGGAGGAAACGUUAAGCAUUAGGUUUAAUUGUUGUAAUGGUUGCUAUUGGGGUUCAGAAAUUCCAAAUUCACCUUCGGUUGUAUAGUCACGUACUCACAUAAAGUGUUGAUAAGGUGGGAAUUUGUAAGGCAUUCGCUUCAUGACUAGUGUAUAUACCUCGGUUGCUUUAUGCCAUUUAGUCAGUGUGGUUUCAUAUCAUCCAAGGGGAACAUCAGUUAUAUACAGUAAGUAUUCCAUGCUUUGUGUUCUAA